AGAUCGUCGCCGGGAACAGAAGAUUUCCGGAAUUAAAUAUACCGGGUGUCGCGAAAAAAUGGUUUUUUGGAACUUGGAUGGGAAAGACGAGACAACGAAUGGAACAUGGGACUUCAUAGACUUCAAUUGAAGAGACCUCACCAGUAACAACAUCACGACAAUAGACGAGAAUUCUUUGGGCCGUUACACUCACCUAGAGGAACUGAUACUUUCAGAUAACAAGUUGGAAAUGAUUCACAUGGAUUCGUUUAAUAAUAAUACAUUUCUCAAAAGACUAUUGCUGCAAGGUUGUGGAUUGAAAUCAAUUCCGAGUGAAGCUUUAGCACCUUUAGGAAAGCUGCAAACAUUGCAAGUUGGCAGUAAUGAAAUAUGGCAUAUGGAUAAAGACACUUUCCGACACGUGGCAACGACGCUGCGCAGCUUGCGUCUCGACGGCAAUCGACUGCGCAUCGUACCGACAGAGGCGCUAGCCCUUCUUGCGCACCUCGAGGUCCUGAACAUCGGCAGCAACUUGAUCACCAGUCUAACUGCAGAUGCUUUUCCAUUAAUGGACAACUUAGUAGUGUUAUUGAUGAAACGCAACAAAAUAACAUUCAUAUCCGAAGAUGCUUUCUCCAAUGUUACAUCAUUGAGAGUUCUCGAGCUAGACGAUAACUUCCUGACUCAAAUACCAGCUGCAAUCACAAAACUGUCCGACCUACAAGAAUUCUCGAUAUCCGGUAACCGAAUCAAGUACAUAGAAGGAGGACUAUUACAGAAGACUCCCGCACUCGCUCUUUUGGAACUUAAGGGAAAUCCGUUGAUUGGAGUGGACGCCACCGCUUUUUCCUUCCUGCCUCGACUGCGAAAGCUGAUUCUUUCCGAUGCCAGAGAGCUAUCCACGUUUCCGAAUCUAAACGGGACCAGCGCCCUGGAAAUAUUGAGAUUGGACAGAGCAGGGAUAUCAUCUUUGCCGGAUACUUUGUGUACUACUUGUCCGCGCUUGAAAAGUCUCGAUUUAAAAUCAAAUAAACUCUCCUCGGUUCCGGAUUUAAGUAAUUGUAGAGAAAUGAGGGUACUAGAUCUGGCUAGUAAUGAUAUAAAAUCGUUGGAGGGCAAGCCGUUCAGAAGCAUGUACAUGAUGCACGAUCUACUUUUGGCUCAUAAUCAGAUUCAACAAAUUCCCCAGGAUGCUUUCUACAAUCUUUCGAAAUUACAAGUGUUGGAUCUUGAGGACAAUCGUAUAUCAUACAUUCAUCCAGAUGCUUUCAUGUCAAUUUCAAAAAUUGAAGAUUUGAAUCUGGGAAACAACAUCUUUCCUCACCUACCAUCAGCAGGCUUGGAACGACUUUUACAUUUGAAAACGUUCAACAAUCCAAAUCUAAAAGACUUUCCGCCGCCAACAGAUUUUCCUCGAAUUCAAACUUUGGUGCUAGCGUACGCCUACCAUUGUUGCGCGUUCCUACCACUCAUACCAUCGAAUCCUCCACCCGCUAAAGCAAAGGACAUCAUAGUGUUCCCGGAUAUCGAAGACAUCGAUUUGAAUUUCUGGAAUAGCUCCGUGGAUCUGUGGCCUUCGCAACAAAAUAUUAGCCAAAAAUUCGGAAAAAAGUUUGGAGAAAUCUGGGAAAACAUUCGUUCGGAUUUUACUUAUCCCGGAAACUUUCCAUCGUACAUAGAAGAAUACGCAGCAGAAGAUGAUCCCAGUCUACGAAUUCCUGGUGAAGUUACCGGUGCGGCGCCCGGGAAAAUCCAAUGUCUGCCUCUUCCGGGACCUUUUUUACCUUGUCAGGAUCUGUUCGAUUGGUGGACAUUAAGAUGUGGAGUGUGGAUAGUUUUUUUAUGCGCUAUGCUUGGAAAUGGGACUGUAGUUUUUGUGUUAAUAUUCUCCAGGAGUAAAAUGGAUGUCCCUAGAUUUUUGGUGUGCAAUUUGGCUGCAGCUGAUUUUUUUAUGGGAGUUUAUUUGGGGUUUCUAGCGGUAGUUGACGCUUCAACUCUAGGGGAAUUCCGGAUGUACGCGAUACCAUGGCAAAUGUCAGCAGGUUGUCAGCUUGCUGGGUUCUUAGGAGUGCUGAGUUCGGAAUUAUCGGUUUGGACUCUCGCUGUGAUCACCCUAGAAAGAAAUUACGCGAUAACCCACGCGAUGCAUCUCAAUAAAAGACUUUCUUUAAAGCAUGCAGGUUACAUAAUGAUCUGCGGUUGGAGUUUUGCUAUAGUUAUGGCGAUUAUGCCGAUAUUCAACAUUUCAGAUUACAGAAAAUUCGCGGUGUGUCUUCCGUUCGAAACAAGUGAUACUGCCAGUCUUACUUACGUAGUGUUUUUAAUGUUUAUCAAUGGUGUAGCGUUUUUAAUUUUAAUGGGAUGUUAUUUAAAAAUGUACUGUGCGAUUAGAGGUUCCCAAGCGUGGAACUCUAACGAUUCUCGUAUAGCCAAGCGUAUGGCUUUACUAGUAUUUACAGACUUUUUAUGUUGGUCCCCGAUAGCUUUUUUUGCCCUUACAGCAUCGUUUGGACUGCAAUUAAUUUCCCUAGAGCAAGCCAAAGUGUUUACGGUGUUCGUUCUACCCUUAAACUCAUGUUGUAAUCCAUUCCUUUACGCUAUACUCACUAAACAAUUCAAAAAGGACUGUGUAAUGAUCUGCAAAGCUAUCGAAGAAAGCAGAGUCACUAGAGGUAUCGGUAGAUGUAGGCAUAGUUCGAAUUUUAGCAAUAGGCAAACUCCAGCCAAUACGAACAGUUUGGCUGAUAGAUCUUCUAGAGAAAAGCAGGAGCAUCACGUGCCGCAGUGUACGUGCAACGUGAAGUUGCUCGGUGAGAACCAGAACCAGCAAAAGAGUAAGAAAGAUCGGAAGACUACUACUAGGGAAUGGUUGCUCAACAAAGCCAGGUGGUUGCUUUGCGUUAGAAGACCUGCUAGGCACAGGCCUCGAAAUGAUCAAUAUACUUAUCAAAUAGCGGAGAUUCAGCAGAAGCAGCACAAGAGGGCUUCGUCGGUGUCGUCUAGUGAGAACUUCAGCUCGUCCAGAUCAGAUUCCUGGCGCCACAACCACCAUUGCGGUAUACCUCUUCGUUUGCUCGAUCCCAAGAGAAGAGCCUCAUCGUGGUUGAUCACCAGGAAAACAUCGCAGGAUUCUAACCUGUCCAGUUCUAGAAACGACUCGUCCGGGUCGGCUACUACAGCUAGCACCAGUACAUGGCGAAUAUCGAGGUCAAGUAACUCGAGCGACGCCACAAGGGGUCGAGUUAAACCUCGUUUGACGCGCCAGUGUGCCGUACAGGAUGAAUCUGAACCACCAG